AUGAAGCGCAAACUACCAGACACCUCGGAACAAGAAGAUAACAGCUCAAUCAACACAACACCACGAAAACGACGAACAGCGGAUCUCCAAUGCUCCUCGAAAAGUAGAAAUACAACAGAUCUACCCGAGACACCCUCGCGGAAACUACGCGCUGCAAAUAAUAAGUCCAAGAUACAACCUACCCCCGUUGUAAAUGGGCCAAUCCAAGACUCCCCAACUCCUAAAGGGAAAUCCCGAUCGUUAUUCGCAACACCCUCAAAGGCCACGGGGAAAGAGCCUACAAAUGCUUCGCCGCCCAUAGUAAGGAAUGCUGAUCGCUCAGCGAGAAGGAAAAGUGCCCGCGUACUUCUGGACCCUAAUGAUGACGAUGACUGGGACGGUGCAGUUCAAUUGGCGCAAGAGAUUUGGGAUGCGGAAGACGAAGAGACCGGCGCAGACAAUGGGGAGAGGGGAACAAAAAAAGGGAAAAAAGCUCAAGUAUAUGGUGCCGAAAAUCCUGAAGCUACCCCGAAACGUCGGGCGGGACGGCCUAAGGGCGCGAAAAAUAGGCGCUCUCCUACCCCGGAAGGAGACCUCCCGCCGCACGAGAGAUACUUCUUUCAAAACAGACCCGGUCCCGUACAGACUUCGAACAACACAUUGGCAAAGCUAUCUCUUCUGACGCAUGAGGAGUAUUUCGAGCAGCUGAGGAAAUUUGAGGACCCACACCGAGAAGAGAAGGAGUUUCUACUCGAACUACAUGAACGGUCAUUUCCACAAUGGGAAUUUGAGUUGAGCGAGGGAUUUAGUAUAUGUUUAUACGGAUAUGGGUCGAAAAGACGUCUCGUUAAUCGAUUUGCGGAAUUCAUUUCCCAACGUCACAGCGAUCCACCCACGAUUGUUAUUGUUAAUGGUUAUAUGUCUAGCACGACGAUACGGUCUAUACUUGCAACAAUCAUCGGCGCAAUCCUUGGCCCUGAUACUCCGUCGAAACUUGGAACUCAACCAUCAGAGGUUUUGGAACUCCUUCAGUCUAUUCUUGACACUAAACCACCUCCGCACCCGAUAAUGGUCUUUAUAAAUUCUAUUGAUGCUUCCGCGCUCCGGCGUGCCGCUCACCAGUCAAUUCUGGCGCGUCUUGCUAGCAUCCCUCUAAUAAAUGUACUAGCCACGGCUGAUACACCCAACUUUCCCAUACUUUGGGAUGUCAGUCAUCGGGACCAGUUCAAUUUCGUGUUCCAUGACUGCACGACCUUCAUACCGUAUGGCGUGGAAUUGAACGUUGUUGAUGUGGUGAACAGCUUGCUCGGACAUCAAGUACGUCGGAUCGGCGGGAAGGAUGGAGUCAACUUUGUCCUUAAAAGCCUUCCGGAAAACACACGAAAACUAUAUCGGUUAUUGGUGACGGAAAUCCUUACAUUAUUAGGGGAGCAGCAUCUUUCCGAUGAUGAGGACGCUGGCGCUGGUGGGAAACAAGAUCGUGGUGGUAAUGAAGGGGAGGAAGUAGCCAUUGAAUGGCGAACGCUAUUUCACAAAGCUGCUGAAGAGUUCAUCUCCUCAUCAGAGAUGAUGUUCCGUACCCAAUUGAAGGAAUUCUACGACCAUCAAAUGAUCGUGUCUAGAACUGAUGCCAGCGGGGUGGAACUGCUUGGCAUUCCACUAUCCAGAGAAGAAAUGGAAGGGGUCUUGGAGGAUCUGGUUAUUGAUUGA